AAAUGACUCCAGGUACCACGGAGAGCGCUCUGCUGCCUUAUUUACAGUACAUCCCGCGCUGCUCUCACUUCAAGCAGCUCCCGCUGAACCCUAAAUGCAGCUUCCCCCUUAUUACUGAGCUGUGUGUGUGUGUCCCUCCCCCACCAGCCUUUUCUUUCCGGGUGUUUGUGUGACCCACUGUAGCAACGGCACUCCAGUAAUCAACCUGCACUCAGCCAAGUAGAGCGACGGCGACAGAACAUGAGGCGCGGAAAAUAGCAUCGGGAUGAAGCAAUGACAGUGUCGACCUACUUCUGGAGAAAAAGAUGGAGUUUGAAGCAUAACAAAGCAGGAGAGAUUCCGGUGAUAGGUUUGACCGCCACGCGGUCCUGACCUGUUUCAAUUUUCACGACCUGCUGUGCCGAAUGUGCGUGAACCUCUGUAAUUCUCAAUGGCACACUAUUCACAGCUUAAAUUCGGAGCUAAAAAAUGAUAACCAGGUAUAAAGAGAGCCCCAGUUCGACCAUGUCCUUGUCUUUUUGCGGCAAUGACAACGACACGGCUGCCUACAAUGUGGACAACGGAGUGCUCAACAACGGCUGUUUCGUGGACGCCUUGAAUGUUGUCCCCCAUGUGUUGCUGCUUUUCAUCACCUUCCCCAUAUUAUUCAUAGGUUGGGGAAGUCAGAGUUCCAAAGUCCACAUUCAUCACAGCACGUGGCUGCAUUUUCCCGGACAUAAUUUGCGAUGGAUCCUCACGUUUAUCCUCCUGUUUGUCCUGGUGUGUGAAAUAGCAGAGGGGAUCGUUUCAGAUGGGUUUACUGACACACGUCACUUGCAUCUCUAUAUGCCAGCUGGCAUGGGCUUCUUGGCUGCAAUAACAUCCAUUAUUUAUUACCACAACAUUGAAACAUCAAACUUUCCCAAACUAUUGCUCGCUUUGCUGGUCUAUUGGAGUUUAGCAUUCAUUACAAAAACCGUCAAGUUUGCCAAGUUUUGUGAACAUGGCAUUGGUCUAAGUCAACUCCGGUUCUGUAUUGCUGCGCUGUUGGUUAUUUUGUAUGGGAUGUUGUUGGCUGUGGAAGUCAACGUCAUCAGAGUACGGCGCUACAUCUUCUACAAACAUUCGCGAGAAGUGAAACCUCCUGAAGACUUGCAGGAUUUAGGUGUCAGAUUCUUGCAACCAUUUGUGAACCUACUCUCAAAAGGCACGUACUGGUGGAUGAACACCUUCAUCACAACAGCACAUAAAAGACCGAUUGACCUUAAAGCCAUUGGCAAACUGCCUUUUGCUAUGAGAGCUGCGACCAAUUAUGUGCACCUAAAGGAUGCAUAUGAAGCACAAAAGAAUAAAACCACAGUCAGUCCUCAGGAUUCAAAGCUAAUCUGGCAUGUGCUACGGCAAGCAUUUGGUCAUCCCAUUGUCCUCAGCAGUACAUUUCGCAUUCUGGCAGACUUGCUGGGCUUUGCAGGUCCACUCUGCAUCUCUGGGAUUGUGCAUCACCUGAGUAAUGAAAACAAGACCUUUCGUACACCGGUCAAAUUGCUGGGCGUUUACUUCAUUUCCUCACAGGAGUUUUUGGCCAAUGCUUAUGUUAUCGCAGUCCUUUUGUUUCUUGCCCUUCUUUUGCAAAGGACAUUUCUUCAGGCAUCUUAUUAUGUUGCUAUAGAAACUGGAAUUAACCUACGAGGAGCAAUUCAGACAAAGAUCUACAAUAAGAUUCUUCGUUUGUCAACCUCAAACAUGUCCAUGGGGGAGAUGACAGUUGGACAGAUCUGCAAUCUGAUUGCCAUAGAUACAAACCAGCUAAUGUGGUUUUUCUUUCUCUCUCCAAAUCUAUGGGCCAUGCCUGUGCAGAUAAUUGUAGGUGUGAUUCUUCUCUACUACCUCCUUGGAAUUAGUGCCUUAAUUGGAGCAACUGUAAUUGCAGUGCUGGCCCCAGUCCAGUACUUUGUAGCAACAAAAUUCUCUCAGGCCCAGCGAAGCACAUUGAAUUAUUCAAGCGAGCGUUUGAGGAAAACAAAUGAACUGCUGCGAGGAAUCAAGUUACUGAAGCUCUAUGCUUGGGAGAAAAUCUUCCAUAAAAGUGUGGAAGAGACUCGACACAAGGAGCUAACAAGUCUCAAAUCCUUUGCCCUCUAUACUUCCAUAUCUAUUUUUAUGAAUGCAGCAAUACCCAUUGCAGCAGUCCUCACAACAUUUGUGGUUCACACCCACCUGUAUGAGAAUGCAGAUCUCUCGCCAGCAGUUGCCUUCGCUUCACUCUCCCUCUUCCACAUCCUGGUCACACCCCUCUUCCUGCUCUCCAGUGUGGUUCGUUCUACUGUCAAAGCUUUAGUGAGCGUGCAGAAACUAAGCGAAUUCUUCUCAAGUGAAGAAAUUGGAGAGGAUCACAGCCGGGUUGUGGUCCAGCUGAACAGCGAAAAUAAUAGCAAGUACCAGACUGUACCCCUUAAAGUCAUUAACCGCAAACGGCCCAGCAAAGAGGAAUGGCACAAUUACGAACCUCAGUCCAGACAGCAGAUAAGCAUCACAGAAGGAGAUGAUGUUUUUAUAAAGGUGACAAAUGGAUUUUUUACCUGGACGUCUGACGGAGCUCCUACUUUGUCUAACAUUGAAAUCAAGAUUCCUCAUGGACAGCUUACCAUGAUAGUUGGUCAGGUCGGGUGUGGCAAAUCUUCCUUACUUUUGGCAAUUCUUGGAGAAAUGCAAAAAAAUUCUGGAAAUGUCUACUGGAACAGCAGUACAGAGGAAGACUCGACUGUUGAUAUUGAAGUGAGGAGAAGGAGUGCUGUGGCCUAUGCUGCACAGAAACCUUGGAUAUUGAACACAACUGUGGAAGAGAACAUCACCUUUGGAAAUCCAUUUAACAAACAAAGAUAUAAAACAGUAAUUGAUGCUUGUUCACUUCAGCCAGAUAUUGACAUCCUUCCUCAGGGAGAUCAGACUCAGAUUGGUGAGAGGGGAAUUAACUUAAGUGGUGGACAACGUCAACGUAUUAGUGUUGCAAGAUCCCUGUACCAGCAAACUAAUGUGGUAUUUCUGGAUGACCCAUUCUCGGCGCUGGACAUUCACUUGAGUGAUCACCUUAUGCAAGAUGGAAUCCUGAAGCUGCUGCAAGAUGAGAAACGGACUGUAGUCCUGGUUACCCAUAAGCUGCAGUACCUGCCUCAUGCAGACUGGAUUAUAGCAAUGAAGGAUGGUACAAUUCAGAGAGAGGGAACUCUCAAGGAUAUCCAGAAUUCUGAUCCGGAACUAUUUGAACUUUGGAAAACACUAAUGAACAGGCAGGAUCAGGAUCUAGAAAAGGAGACAAUAGCUGAAAGCAAGACAGCAAUGGAAAGGAAAAACCUACGGAGAGCAAUGUAUUCACGGGAAGCCCUUCUCAAAACGUUGCAAGAGAGCGAAGAUGAAGAAGAUAUUACUGAAAGUGAUGAUGAAGACAACCUUUCAUCUGUCUUGCGCCAGAGAGCAAAGAUGCCAUGGCAUGCUUGUGGGAAGUACCUGAGCUCUGCAGGUUGUCUUUUACUGCCUCUCCUGAUCUUCUCACAACUUUUCAAGCACACAGUGAUGGUGGCAAUUGAUUACUGGCUAGCAAAAUGGACCUCAGAUGCUAUUCAAUUUAAAAUUGAAGCAGAGAAAAUAAACUGUACUCUGAUCCAGGACUGUCGCUUCAAUCAUUCCUCCUACACAAUAGUGUUCAGCAUUCUUUGCUGCCUGGGAAUUGUCCUCUGUUUAGUUACCUCUAUUGCUGUGGAAUGGACAGGUCUCAAAGUGACCAAGGAACUACACAAGAGUUUGCUCAACAAGGUCAUCCUGGCACCCAUGAGGUUCUUUGAAACCACUCCUCUUGGAAACAUUUUAAAUCGAUUUUCUGCGGACACAAAUAUCAUUGACCAGCACAUUCCUGCCACUCUGGAGUGUCUCAGUCGAUCAACUCUGCUGUGUGUCUCUGCCUUGGCUGUGAUCUCUUAUGUGACCCCUGUAUUCCUUAUUACCUUAGUUCCUCUUGCUGUGGCUUAUUACUUCAUUCAGAAAUACUUCAGAGUAGCAUCCAGAGACCUCCAGCAAUUAGAUGACAGCACACAACUUCCCCUGUUAUCCCAUUUUUCUGAAACUGUGGAGGGAUUAACCACAAUACGCGCCUUGAGGGAAGAAAAUCGCUUUAGGCAGCAUCUGCUGGAGCUCACCGACACUAAUAACAUCGCCUCCUUGUUCCUCACAGCUGCCAAUCGCUGGCUAGAAGUUCGCAUGGAGUACAUUGGAGCCUGUGUAGUUCUUAUUGCAGCAGUGGCUUCUAUCACCAACUCAUUGUAUUACGGACUAACAUCAGGACUUGUGGGUCUAGGACUUACCUAUGCACUUAUGAUUUCAAACUACUUGAACUGGAUGGUACGCAAUCUAGCUGAUAUGGAAGUACAACUGGGUGCCGUGCAAAGAGUAAACAGUCUUCUUAAAAUUGAAACGGAAAACUAUGAGGGACUUCUUUCACCUUCCCAGAUUCCUACAAACUGGCCAAAUGAGGGUGAAAUUAAAAUUCAGAAUCUCAGUGUCCGUUAUGACAGCAGCCUAAAACCAGUGCUAAAGAAUGUGAAUGCCCACAUCAGCCCAGGACAGAAGGUUGGAAUCUGUGGACGAACUGGUAGUGGCAAGUCCUCCUUUUCUUUAGCCUUUUUCAGGAUGGUAGAUAUGUUUGAAGGGAGGAUAAUCAUUGACGGAAUUGAUAUUUCCAAAUUGCCACUAAACACUUUACGGUCCAGACUUUCCAUUAUUCUUCAAGAUCCUGUGCUAUUCAGUGGUUCAAUUCGAUUUAAUUUGGAUCCAGAAAAAAAAUGCACAGACAGUGUGUUGUGGGAGUCCCUGGAGAUCGCUCAGCUCAAACAUGUGGUGAAGGCACUACCAGGAGGCUUAGAUGCUAUAGUUACUGAAGGAGGAGAAAAUUUCAGCUUGGGUCAGCGUCAACUGUUUUGUUUGGCGAGAGCUUUUGUACGCAAGAGUAGCGUACUGAUCAUGGAUGAAGCUACAGCCUCAAUAGACAUGGCAACUGAAAAUAUUUUACAGAAAGUUGUGAUGACAGCCUUUGCAGAUCGGACAGUGGUGACCAUCGCUCAUCGAGUGCACACUAUUCUGAAUGCAGACUUGGUGAUUGUGAUGAAAAGAGGGAUUAUCCUAGAAUAUGACACUCCCAGUAUACUCUUAGAACAGAGGGACGGAAUCUUUGCCUCUUUUGUGCAGGCAGAUAAAUGAUACAUAGCAAUAAUUGCAUUCUAGAAUUGCUUUUGUAAUUUCAUUUGAUCUGUAAAUAAAAUUGGCACAUUUCUUAUGA